AUGAGUACUGAUUCCGCAGUCCACGUGCAGGAUGUCACAAUCACUUCUUUCGAAGUCAUUGACCUGCGAUUCCCUACGAGCCUAGACGGUGUAGGCUCGGAUGCUAUGCAUGUAGGCACCAACGGCUCACAUCCUUACAUCCAGCUGAAAACAAACCAAGGAACUCUAAUCGGAGAGGGCAUUGCAUUUAGCAAUGGUCGAGGCAGCGAACUGAUCUGCAUGGCUCUCGACAUAUUCGCCCGACGUGUCGUGGACAAAACCAUGCAUGAACUGACUCGUGACAUGGGCAAGACCUGGAGGUACAUGGUAUCCGACUCGCAGUACCGCUGGAUCGGCCCUGAAAAGAGUGUCACUCAUUUGGCUGUCGCGGGAGUAUUGAAUGCUGUUUGGGAUCUCUGGGGCAAGAUCCUGGGCAAACCGGUCUGGAAGAUCGUAUGUGACAUGAACCCGGAGGAAGUCGUGAGAUGUAUUGACUUUCGGUACAUCACGGACGUUAUCACACCCGAAGAGAGCGUUGAAAUGCUCAAGAAAACACAAAAGGACAAAGAGACCCGCCUACAAGAGGCGCUCGAAAAUCGAGCGCUGGCCUUCUCGGGAGACCGUAUGCGAGAGGUACUCCAAGAGACGAUCGCGGCAGGAUAUACCACGUUCAAGUUCAAGGUUGGAACCAAUGUUGAGGCUGAUCGGGAACGUCUGGCCGCAGUGAGAGAGGUUCUGGGGUAUGAUCAAGGACACCAGAUCAUGAUCGAUGCCAAUCAAGUCUGGAGUGUUCCACAGGCAAUCGAAUACAUGAAACAGCUGGUGGAGUUCAAGCCGGUGUUUAUUGAAGAGCCAACCAACCCGGACGAUGUUUUGGGACAUGCAACUAUUCGCAGGGCUCUGAAACCGUACGGUGUCGGCGUCGCAACAGGCGAGGCAGCACAGAAUCGCGUCACUUUCAAACAGCUGUUGCAAGCAGAAGCGACCGAUGUUUGUCAAAUCGAUGCCGUACGACUUGGCAGCGUUAAUGAAUGUCUUGCCGUCAUGCUCAUGGCGCUGAAAUUCAAUGUUCCAUGUGUACCUCAUAAUGGUGCAAUGGGCCUCACCGAAUUGACAUCUCACUUGAGCACAAUCGAUUACAUCGCUAUCAGCGGACGCAAAUCAAUGCUCGAGAAUGCGGACAGCCACCGGGAAAACCUGCGCCAUCCUUCCAAGAUUGAGAAUGCGCACUACGUCACACCACUCGAUCCAGGAUAUUCAACUGGCUAUACUCACACGGCAUUGGAGAAGUAUACGUAUCCAUCAGGGAGCUUCUGGAAGAGUGAUAUUGGACUUGAAAUCAUUGCUCAGCCCACUGGGGGAGAGUUGUAA